GCUGUAUUAUUCUUACAUAGCAGUCUAGUGGUGUGAAAGUUCUGAAGCAUUCUUCAGCUUCAAAAAUGAGCAGGAGCAGUUGCACGCAGGGAUCUGUACUGUAUUCCAGGUGUUAUGAUUAUUAGGGGAGUGCCUUUUACCUUUUAAACCAUAAAAGUGUCACCAAUUGAGUAGUCUGAAAGGGAAGUUUCAAGGUUUAAGAAGCUGCUUUGUCAUUAAAAAAUAAGCUUAACUGUUGCGAUGAAAUUACCUACCUGCUCUGUAUAGUGUUUUAAUUUGUGUUUUGUGGUCAUUUCUUUGUCUUUUCCAGUUGGUUAAGUGUCUUGUUGUUGACAGAAUUUUAGAACAGAGCAGGUCCUAUCAGUUGCAUCUUGAGGUUAACCUAGACUUUCUCCCAGGUCCAGCCCAUAGUGACCUUUGGGUGUGCUCAUUCAGUGUUAUAAGGUUACUUUCAUUGCACAUUUGCUAAGGGUUGAUUUUUAUUCCGGCAGUGUCGGAUGGAGGAAGACUAGACUGCUGUUAGGCCACUUGACUUGUGACAAAUGAAUAGAAUUCUCUUCGGGUAGGGACGGUUUCCUGCCUUUGUCCUCAGAAGCUGCUUUGGUUAGAAGACAGUAUGACAGGUCAGCGCGAUUGGCGGAUAAAGGGCAGGAUGGCAGGCAGUACCCAGCUGUGCAUUCGCCGAUGGACUACCAAGAACGUGGCCAGGUGGCUGAAGGAAGAAGGCUUCUGUGAAUAUGUGGAUCUCUUGUGCAACAGACACAGGCUAGAUGGAAUUACCCUGCUGACACUUACUGAGUAUGACUUGCGAUCCCCUCCUCUGGAAAUCAAAAUCUUGGGGGAUAUCAAGAGGCUGAUGUUGUCCAUACGCAAACUGCAGAAGCAGCACAUUGAUGUCCUGGAAGAGCUGGGUUUCACCAGUGAUGGUCAUGCUGGCACAGUUGGUGCACUACAGGGGGCAGAUUGGUUUUGUAAUGGUGAAGUACCUCGGGACUAUGAUGGACCAAUUACUGACUUGAAUGGUGAUCAGUAUCAAUAUGCAAAUGGAAAAAACAAACACGCCACACGCAGACUGGACCCAGAGUACUGGAAGACAGUUUUAAGUUGUGUGUAUGUCUUCAUAGUGUUUGGCUUUACAUCAUUUGUUAUGGUGAUAGUACACGAGCGAGUACCUGACAUGCAAACAUAUCCACCUCUGCCAGACAUAUUUCUAGAUAGCGUCCCUAGGAUACCAUGGGCUUUUGCUAUGACUGAAGUAUGUGGUGUAAUUCUUUGCUAUAUUUGGCUCGUGGUUCUUCUGCUUCACAAACACAGAUCUAUACUCCUGCGCAGGCUGUGCAGCCUCAUGGGGACAGUAUUUCUAUUACGUUGCAUUACAAUGUUUGUUACCUCACUCUCGGUGCCAGGACAGCACUUGCAGUGUACUGGAAAGUUGUAUGGCAAUGUCUGGGCAAAGCUCCAGCGGGCAUUUGCAAUAUGGAGUGGCUUUGGAAUGACUCUGACUGGAGUACAUACAUGUGGAGAUUAUAUGUUCAGUGGUCACACUGUCGUUCUGACCAUGCUCAACUUCUUUGUCACAGAAUACACGCCAAGGAGCUGGAACUUCUUGCACACCUUGUCCUGGGUCCUGAAUCUCUUUGGAAUCUUCUUCAUUUUGGCUGCACAUGAACAUUAUUCUAUAGAUGUCUUCAUCGCCUUUUACAUCACUACAAGACUCUUUUUGUAUUACCAUACAUUGGCUAAUACUAGAGCAUAUCAACAGAGUAGGAGGGCAAGGAUAUGGUUUCCAAUGUUUUCUUUUUUUGAAUGCAAUGUUAAUGGUACUGUUCCCAAUGAGUAUUGCUGGCCCUUUUCAAAACCUGCUAUUCUAAAAAGAUUAAUUGGUUGAAGACUGUGUGGGUCAGUUCAGAUUUUUAUGAAGCAUUAUGACUGAGAUCCUACAAGGGGGAAGUCAAGUAACAUUUUUCACUCCAUGAUCUCCUCCUUGCCUUGUUUCUUGGAUUCUUAGCCAUAAAAUGGGGUUCCCAUACUUUACAGGGAUGUGUUUUGUUUUCUCCUUGUGAAAAUAGAAAACAAUGCAGGGACGGGUAAAGGCUAUCAGUGAAGCACGAAUAUAAACCAGAAUACUGUUACCCUUGGUAAGGUUCUGCGUGAAUGUUUAUAGAAUAUUAACCUCAAAUAUGUAUUGAAUAUAACACACACACUUUACAGGUCCAGAUAAUCUUUGUUACCCGAGUGCCAGCCUUUACAUAUACUGACAAAAAAUUAGAAUUUUGGGAAGCCUUUCUUUGAAAGCAGUCAUAAAUGAAAAUUUCGAAACAAACUGCAUGUAUUUAAAGAUUGAGGAGGUCUGUGUCAUAAUGAAGGAAGCAGUAUAGUUCCUUGCUGAGAGGGUCUCUUAAUUGUUAAAUUACAAGUCUUGACAGUAUAAAUGGUCUGCAUACAGGUUGCCAAAAAUGAAAGUCUGCCUUGUGGCUGUGCAGUGAUGAUAUUUUUUUAAUGAGAACUUAUUUACUCUAGUCUAUCAGUUGUCUGUAUGAUUGUUCUAGCACUUGAAAGUUUUCCCUUUUGUGUUUAAAUGAGUUCAAGUAAGUGGAACAUCCACUGAAAGUAAACUUAGCUUUAGUGAGUUUAAAGCCACAAAGUAACUUUUGUGUGGUCUUAAUUGCUUUAUACCCAAAGCCAUGCAUGCUUUUCAGGAGCACUUCUUUAACAUUGGAAAAACAGAACAGUUGUCUUCGUGUAUCUUACUGUCCUGUAAAUGGCUGGGGAAAAUGCAUGUAGUAACUCUUUCAGGAAUAGUAAUAAUAGUGAGUAUUGGAAAUAGUGCUCAUGUUGAUGUAUGUUUUAGCACUCUGGUGUCAACAAUAUGGUGAAUAUCUCUGGAUAUAUAUAUGCACAGUAUAUUUGGUUAUAUAUAUAAACACACAGUGUUAUGUUUUUCUAACAACUAUGAAAAGAGGCUAGUUCUUAAUUUAAGUUGCUCAUUUACUACACUGAAAGAUACCAUAAACAGUUGAGUUUUGCUUGUUGAAAAAAACCAAACCACAACCCACGACAAAACAUCCCCCAAAACCUUAAACCAACACUCCGAGUCCAUAAUGCAUGAGCAGGGUCACAUAAGGGUGGGUGAUCUCUUAGGCAUUGGGUAAGGGGACAAUACUAGUGUUGUCUGUAGAGCCUUGAAAUUAGAUUUGUGCUAAAUGAAAACUAAUAGGUACAAGGUACAAAAUCAUAAAAAUGGCAUAGACCUUUUAAUUUGAUUAUUGCAACUUCAGAUGUGGAAAUGUAGUGUAAGUCAGCUUUAGAAAGUUACACAAAGCAUUUCCAGCUUGGUACAAGCUGACUUAAUGGGCACUAUGUACUUGUGUGUGCAUGGAGAUGAAUCCAUUUGGAAUUUGCAAGGUUUUGUGUGUGGAGGCUUGUAACCUACUGUGGGCUGCUCCUUGCUGUAUUGUGUUCCUUUUAUAAGCCUUGAUUGUACUAACUUGACUACCUUACAGUCUUCCUAGUAUAUUGAUUUUGUAAUUUAAUUUAGCUCCGAUUCCACAGAAGAAUUAUACAUCUUGGAGUAUCUCUGCCAACUGUAAUGAGCACAUGUACACUGUAUUAUUCCAGAGAUUUUUAUAUUUGUAACAUUCCAAUUUUUUAGCAAAAUUGCAGGUUUAAUACUAUAUUGUUCAGUCUACCAUAGCCUGAUGGCUUUUGCCAUCCAAAUUGGGGAACUAUGCUUACACUUUAAAAAAUGGAGAAAAUACUCUGAAAGAUUUAAAGACUUGCCAUUUGCUGCUCUUAACUUUCUGAUUUCAGAAAGGCAAUUUGAACAUUCCUCUUGAGACUUUAUAAUAAAAGAGCUCUAUUUGUUAACUUAUAUUUGCCUUUGCAAUGCACACAGUUAUGAAUGCUGUUUUUCUAAACUCUAGGAAACAUCUGUUCUCAGGAUGUACAAGAUUGUAAUCUGAGUUAUAUGGAGAGGUAUGCAAUUAAACUUGCAGAGCUGUUGAUUCUGCAAAUAACCAUUUGAAUGGUAACUGGCAUAACUGCAUCUAAACUGAAAUACUAUUUUACAACUUAGGCAUGCAGGAGAAUUUUCAAGUACAGCCCAGUGUAACAAUGUUUACAUAAAGUAAAGCUAUCAUUUCAAUAUUUUUAUUUUUUUGUAGUGAAGUUCAUAUACAUUGAAACAUAAGGAUUCUUUGUUCUGAUUUAAUCUUCAAAUUCUGUUAAGUAAAUUGUGUUUUAAAUCAGCCUUGUCUAUAAUUGUUUCUUAAAAGAAGCUUGUUCUUUUGUGCUGUUUCCCCUGAUGCUAGAUAGCUAAGUCCAGGAUAAGUAAUAUAAAAUAGUUGGUUUUGUUAGCAUUGGAGUGGAUUAAAACAUUGUCAAGAUAAUUGUCCUCUGUUAUUUUGGAAGUUCAUUUUGUCCAUCUGUGAACGUGCAAGAGGAAAGCUUGAAGCUGAUUGACAGAAAAAUGUGAUCUUGCUUGCAAGAGAGCACAGGUCAAUCUGUAAAGUUGGGAAUGUAAGCUUUAUUGUUAAUUAGAUGGAAACAGGCUGCAGGUAACUGAUAGGCUUAACAUUUUGUACCUCCUUUGAGUCAGUGUUUUAAAAGCAUUUUGCUGUUUCUGUUGCUGACAAGCACUUUUUAAGUAAAGUCAGCAGAGCACCUUGGGCCUUGGAUUUAAUGCUUAGUAUGUUCAGGGAUGUCUUCCUUCAUGUUCACACACCAUCAUUGCUCUUCUUGAAAAUGCUGCACCUCUUUUGUGCUAAGUUGUCUUCUGUAGUCUGUGUGAGUGCCCACAUAAUCUGAAUUCAGAAAAAUGAAUGAAUUUCUGUGUAAUGUCAGCGAGUGCAAGUGCAACAUUAGUACUACAAAGUGCACAAAUGAAUCAAGUAGCAAAGUCUGAAAUUAGUAACCAUAUAUACAAAAGAAGGAGAGGGUCACAAUUUUUUGCUAGCUUAGAAAAUUUAGUAAUAUUUGAGACUUGGCAAUAGGGUUGAGCUCUUCCUUAUUUGUUUGGGGAUAUGUAUGCACAUACCUGCAAGUGACAGACACACAGGCUCUUCCUCUAUCCUUUUUCUUUGUUUUUUUGUAUCUUGUGACACA